AUGACCACGACACCACCCCUCGCGACGGGUGCCAACCCUCCGAUUCCCGCCGAACAGCUCGCCGCACUUACAUCGCUGCUGUCGGGUCUCACCGCUGCCGCUUCCGGCACUGCCACACCCGCCACGACGUCCGGCACCACUCGCACUGCCUUUCCAAAGCACGCACGCUUGGAUGGUGCGAAGACCUUCGCGAACUGGACACGCCAACUUCGCCUGUGCCUAGCGGACGACAUCCGCUCGUACGUCCUCGACGGUAUCGCACCCGACGACUGGACACCUUCGCAACGCUCCGCUCGCGACGCCGUCGCUCGUGAGGUCCUUGCGAAUUCGAUUGACUCGGCCGAAGUCUCGGCAGUCCUCGACAAAAUCCCUACCGCCGACCUGACAGCGCCGACAAUCUACUCGACGCUGAAAUCGCGGUACACCCCUGACGACGCCACCCGCACGCUCGAGCUCUUCUCACGACUCUGGGGUUUCCGUCCCAUGCCCGGCACGGUUGCCGAAUUCGACGGGUGGAUCAUGGACUUCAAAGCCGUUGCGCAAGAGAUCAUCGACACAAAGACAACUAUCAAUGAUGUUCUCGCCACACUCCUCCUUGCAAUCGCCCACCCGUCCCUCGAGAGCUUCAAGGCGUCGUUCACCGAUGAACAGCGCACGCAACGAACUCUCCCCGACAUUGAUUCGCUUGCCGACCGUAUGCGAGUCCAACUUCGGUCAACGAACAUCCCCAGCACUCAAUCGGCCCUUCUUGCCUCGUCGUCGUCACGUUCUACUCGUCUCAAGUGUCUCGCCUGUCGCAGCCCUUCGCACCGAGUCGCGGAGUGCCCUACGAGGGCGCAACACCCGCCGCCAGGACCCUGUCGCUCCUGCAAGAAGAAGGAUCACUGGUCUCUCGACUGCAAGAAGGCGCUCGAGGACGGCAAAAAGCCCGACACCGCUGACUCGACCGUCGACUCGCAACACCAUGUAUGA